GGUAUUCGGGCUUGGAGGUGUGGGACUUUUGCGAUGCUGUGAAGAGCCAGCGGCUGCUCAAGCAAGACGACAUCAAAAUCCGGGCCCCCGUGGCGUGGAGUCCCGAUGGCACGAUGCUGGUAGGCGUGUCGGAUUGGGAAUGAGCCGAGCCGGAUUCUCGUGGUGAGGAUGCAGCGCGGGCACAAGGGGGUAGAGGCUACAGUAGAGAGGCUGCUGAUGGGCCAUACGGAGGAGGUAACGCAACUGGCUUUCCUGCCACAUUGGGAGGGAGAUGGGAAGGCGCUGGUAAGCGCGGGGAAGGAUGGGUAUGUCAGGGUAACGAAUAUCGCGUCAGGGAAGACGCUGAAAAAGAUUGAGAUUGAGGCGAGAUCGCCCCCGAGUAUACUGAAGGUGUCGCUGGAUGGGAAGCUGGUAGUAACGGUGUGGGGAAGGAAGGUGGUGCUGUGGUGUCUGAACUCUGGGCGGGUGCAGAACUACAACCUGAACGUAGUGCGGCAGAGCGAGGGGUGGCCGCUCUGUGUCUCGCCAGAUUGCCGUUUCUUGGCUUGCCGGACUGAGGAAGGGUUCGACGUCAGCGAUGUAGCUACGGGUAAGUUCAGGGGCAAGUAUGCUUGGACAGGCAAUUCUAUCACAUCAGCAGCGUUCAACAACAAUGCGACUCGGCUGGCGGUUGGAGAUUACUGCGGGGAGGUCCAUAUGUUUGACAUUGUGAUAGCCCGAUGCCAGCUGUUAGGGAUGAGAAUUAGAUGGCACGUCGCCGAGUACAAUAAGAGGUAUACCGAGGGCAUUGCGGGGUGGAAUUAUAGUGGUUAUAAGGGGCUUAUCAGGUUGAUAUCUACGUCAGGCAGUUGGGAGUUCUAUGCGCCUCAGACCUAGGCGCCGUAGGUGCAAACCCCCGACAAGACGUUUGAUGAGUCUGAGAUGAUCCUUAAUCAUCGGUAGUUGAGUUAAAGAAGAGCACCUGACUGACUGAUAUCGCAGAUAGAGUAAAGCACCCUAGCCUGUCGCAUCGAUAUAGGUACUACAUAGCGAUC